AUGAAACAUUUAUUUGAAGAAGUCGAUGAAAAAAUGAAUGAAAAAUCUGAUAAACUUAAUAGUUCAUUAAUUCUUCCUUUCAGUAAGGAUUAUCAGUUCUGUUCAAACGGUGUGUAUUUCUAUUGUGGAAAAAUGGGUUCAGGGAAGACUUUUAAUUUAAUACGUCAUAUUUUAAUUACUGAACGCCUGGGUACUGAUUCAUAUUAUGACCAAAUCAUUAUAUCAGCAACUUCAGAUUCAAUGGAUUCAACAGCGAAAACGUUUAUGAGUAAAGUUCAGGCAUCAGUAAUUAAAGUUCCAGAUAGCGAACUCAUUUCUUUUCUUCAACGUUAUAUUAGAAGAAAGAAGAAAUAUUAUGCAAUAGUUGAAUUUAUACAAUCUGGCAUGCAAAAGACCUCGGAAGAAAUGGAAAGAAUUAUUGAUAAACAUCAUUUGAGACAGCAGGAUGGUACGUAUGAUAUGAAACGAUUGACAAACUACAUUCUCUCAAAACUUUCAAAAUAUCCUUUUAAAAAAUAUCUGUAUUGCACGAAAACUCGGUUGACUUCACUUAUCAUACCAUUAUAUAAAAACCAUGAGAAAAAUAAUAGAGAGAACAAACUUAAGAAAUGA